AUGUCCGAGAUCAGGCGCAAGCUCGUCAUCGUCGGCGACGGCGCGUGCGGCAAGACGUGCCUCCUCAUCGUCUUCUCCAAGGGCACCUUCCCCGAGGUCUACGUCCCGACCGUCUUCGAGAACUACGUCGCCGACGUCGUCGUCGACGGCAAGCGCGUCGAGCUCGCCCUGUGGGAUACCGCCGGCCAGGAGGACUACGACCGCCUGCGCCCGCUGUCGUACCCGGACUCGCACGUCAUCCUCAUCUGCUUCGCCGUCGACUCGCCCGACUCGCUCGACAACGUCCAGGAGAAGUGGAUCUCCGAGGUGCUCCACUUCUGCUCCGGCUUGCCCAUCAUCCUCGUCGGGUGCAAGAAGGACCUCCGGAACGACCCCAAGACGAUCGACGAGCUGAGGAGGACGAGCCAGAGGCCCGUCACGACCCAAGAGGGCGACAUGGUCCGCCAGAAGAUCGGCGCGACGAGGUACCUCGAGUGCUCGGCCCGGACGGGCGAGGGCGUGCGGGAGGUGUUCGAGACGGCGACCCGCCUCGCGCUCCUGUCGACCAAGGGCCGCAAGAAGGGCGGCAAGUGCAACAUCCUCUGA